CAUCCCACACGUGCAAACACAACAGCCAUUUAUAUUCCACAGAUGAACAGCUUCCAAAGAUGGCAGCUGUAGCGUUGCGAAGUAGGUUAUAGUUUGGAGGAAGCCAAAUACCAGUUUUAAGGUUAUGUUGCUAAGGUUAUUAAAUACGUAAUAAAUUGUUAUAGAAUGUCUGGGCCUACUGAUUAUGGACCGGAUUCUGGAGGACGAGUUAAGGGUGUGUGUAUUGUGAAACCAAUAGUGUAUGGAAACAUAGCAAGAUACUUUGGAAAGAAACGAGAAGAAGAUGGCCAUACACAUCAGUGGACUGUUUAUGUAAAACCAUAUCAUAAUGAAGACAUGUCAACUUAUGUGAAAAAAGUCCAUUUCAAGUUGCAUGAAAGUUAUGCAGAGCCAAAUCGAAUAGUGGUGAAGCCUCCAUAUGAAGUUACAGAGACAGGCUGGGGAGAAUUUGAGAUUGUCAUUAAAAUAUAUUUCCAUGAUCCGAAUGAACGCCCAACAGUGACACUGUACCACAUCCUCAAGCUUUUUCAGUCUGGGCCAGACGUAAUGCAAGGAAAAAAGACACUUGUUUCUGAAUUUUAUGAGGAAAUUGUGUUUCAAGACCCUACAGUCCUGAUGCAACACUUAUUGACGACCACUCGACAGCUAUCACACGGAACAUGGAAACAUGAAACUGACUUUGAAGACAAGAAGCAGAAGGCAUUGCAGAGCAUACUGAAUGCCAAAAAUAAGAUUCGUUAUGAGAUCAGCGACCUAAAGGAGAGAGUAAAAUUGGCAAAAGAGACGAUUGUGAAAUUCAAAGCCGAAAUCACAAAACUCCAAACAAAUAACCCAGCGAGUGGAAGUGUGUCAUAAUUUUGUGUGCGAGAUGAAAGAACAAAUUGUUGCUAUCAGAUCUGUUUGAAAAUUGCAGACUUGAUCAUUUUUUCUUCCCUUAAUAACUAUUUAGUUUGUGAAUUUUGUGUAAUUUCUUCAGAAUGGAGGACAAAAUAAUGGUUAAUAAAUCCUUUGUAAAUAAUA